CGAGGCUGUCUCGUGGUCCCAAACGUUGACAUCGGUCCAUCUUUUGACAUCGCUCUUGACUCGCCCGGCUCGCAGGCGCACGAGAUGUUCAAUAUCUAGACGAAAUUUUAGCAUUUGCCUAACAUGCAGCAGGCUACGCUUUCAGAAUUGCCUAGCGCUGCACUGCACCGUUUCCCAGGUGCACCUCGACCAGGUAUAGAUAUAGACAUUUAUGAAAAAGAUGGCUUGCAAUAUGUCAGCAGCUCGUCAAGAGCAAGCAAGGGAGCGAGCUUCCUCCUUAUCAAUGACGUCAGUGACGUAGCAGGGCGCAGCUUCCAGGCGGCAUUCAAGGGACAUUGCCACAUAACAAAACCAAGUAUGCAGCUGGCUGCCGGGUUCUCCAUGGCGAGUGGUGCUCCGCUCCGCUGGCCCCCGCCCAGACGUGGCGUGCCCCGCCGUGACCAGGCACUAGGCAAGGUGAUCGGGCUACACUACUCGCUGAUUCCGCUGGUUGACAUGUUGCUGGAGAAGUACACAGCGGAGGUGGAGCGAGUCAAGGUGUCGGUCUGCGAAAUGUCAGCGGCAGCUGCGGGCUCGGAGUCCGCAGCUGCACAUGACGACCCUGGGCUUGUUCUAACUGAAGACUGGCUGGAGCCAUCGGAUGGCCUCAUGGUGUGGGUGGCGUACGCGCUGCGGGAGCUCAGCAAGGCGCCCGGAGAGCCACCUUCCAUCCGGACGACCGCCUGGCUGCUACUGGCGUCCAUCUGUGCAGCCGACAUGACCUUUGACGAGCUCCUGUCGGAGCCGGACCUGGCGGCCUGGGCGCUGGCGGCCAUGGAACGGUACGAGCCCCCAGAGGGCGACCCCCUGGCCGAGUCGGACUGCUGGCACGUGGAACUGCAGCUGCGCCAGGCGCUCACCGGCGCCGAUCCUUCUUGUCCAGUCAAAGAGGUUGACACGGGCGGCACGCUGCAGGACCUGAUAGGACACCCGCUGGAAACCAACCCGCAGCGUUCCGGCGGCAACCUGGGAGGCAAGGUGGUGCGCACCGGCGCCGGAGUGACGGUGAACGCCAACAAGGACCCCGAGCGCCGCAUGCGGGCGGUGUGCUGGGAGGGAGCGCGGAAGGUGGUGGUGGAGGAGCGGCCGCGACCGCUGAUCACCGACCCGCACGACGCCAUCGUCCGCGUCAGCAGCACCGCCAUCUGCGGUUCCGACCUGCACCUCUACCUUGGCUCAGCACCUGGCAUGCAGGUGGGCGACAUCCUGGGGCACGAGUUCAUGGGCACUGUGGAGGAAGUGGGGCCCGAGGUCCGCAACGUGCGCCCGGGUGACCGGGUGGUGUCAUCCUUCGAUAUCGCAUGCGGGCAGUGCCGUACCUGCUCCCACGGGCAGUUCAGCGGCUGCGACAUCACCAACCCCUCCAAGGACCAGGAGAUGCUGUACGGCGCCAGGACCGCGGGUCUAUUCGGCUACGCGCAUGUGACGGGCGGCUACGAGGGAGGCCAGGCGGACUUCGUGCGAGUGCCCUUCGCCGACAUGAACCUGCUGCACGUUCCCUCCGAGCUGCCGGACAACCAGGUGCUGCUGCUGUCCGACAUUCUGAGCACCGCCUGGUAUGCGACGGAGCUGGGGGAGGUGGGGCCCGGCAAGACGGUGGCCAUCUGGGGAGCGGGACCGGGCGGCAUCCUGGCCGCCCACUGCAGCCAGGUGCGGGGCGCGGACCGGGUCAUCCUGAUCGACAACCUGCAGUACCGACUGGACCACGCAGCCUCCAAGCUGCCGGGGCUGGUGACGGUCAACUUUGGGAAGGAGAAGGUGAAGGAGGCUCUGGAGCGGGUGAUCCCGGGCGGUCCGGACGUGUGCAUCGAGGCGGUUGGCUUCCACUACUGCAAGAGCAUCAUGCACGCAGCGAUGAUGAAGACGCUGCUUGAGACCGACACGGCGGACAUCCUCAACGAGCUCAUCUACUGCUGCCGAAAGGGCGGCAUCAUCGCCUGCAUCGGCGUGUACGUGGGCCGGACCAACGGGUUCAACAUCGGCGCCUUCAUGGAGAAGGGGCUGACGCUGAAGGCCGGCCAGACUCCAGUGCAGAAGUACUGGCACCAGCUGCUCGACAUGGUCAAGGCGGGCAAGCUGGACCCCACCAUCGUCAUCACGCACGAGCUGCCGUUGGAGGACGCGCCGCACGCGUACAAGAUCUUUAACGACAAGAUGGAUGGCUGCAUCAAGGUAGUGCCGGCGGUGGCUAACCAAGCUGGCUGACAUGCGGAAGUUGAGCAGAUUGUGGAUAUGAAUGUGGAACGUAAGGUGUAAAAUACGUUGCAGCCACAACAGUUGCAAACACCUUAUGUAUUGGUGGAGGAUGAACAUGGACCAGAUCCAAAACUUCAAUCAGC